UCCACUGGGGCCUGAGAACUGGUGGCCGGUGCCUAAAGUGGGGGUGGGUAGGGAAAGAAGGAAGAAAGAAGUGAAAGAAAAGGAAGGGACUUUAAGGAAGACAGGAAGCAAAGAAGCCCUUCAGUGAGAGAUGAUGAAAGGGAUCGACCCAGAUAACUUAUCCAACCUCCCAUGCCGUGGGUCUUUAGUAGAGGAUUUUCCCUUGGAUGACGAUCUUCCCUUGGAUGAUGGGAUAACUGCCACAGAAAGGGAGAUCAUCUCACGUCCUUGGACAGAAGAUGAUGAAAUGCCAGAUGUCAUCGUCACUGAACUUCGGUCAUGGAAGAAGUGUCAUCAACGCUGUAGCUCUGGACACCACAGGAAAAGCAGGAUCGAUGAGCUGGCCAAGCCCAAGGUCAACCAUCAGAUCAUAAUAGACAGGCCUUCAGUGUAUUGGACUGAUAAGAUACAACCAGAUACUACCCUCAGUGUGACUUUUCCUCUUGUGACCCCAAGACUAGAAGAACUCUCUAGACCCAAACGAUUCUAUUCAACCUACUACAAUGAAAGCAGGUCCACACCUAUUUGGCCCAUUUCACGGGCAUCGCUGGAGGCCAAGGCUUCACCUCGUCUGAAGGUGCUUGCAUAUCCAAAGAUUCGGAACAACAUCUGGGUCAUUGAUUCUUCUGUGAUACAAGUGUCAAAGGCAGCACAACUAGCCCAGGCCAGACCUCGGACCCUGGAGCUGGCAGCCCCCAGAAACAAGACCGUGUCAUCUACCGAAUUGUACAUCGCACAAAAGAGUAAGCAGCGUCCUCCAGACUUUGACCGGAUCCACAGCUUGGCUAUGCCCAAGAUGCUUGCCACUAACUACACCUAUGACAAGCCCUGCUCCUGGGUGAUCUCAGAUGGUACCAAGAACGCCAUGGCCAGUAAACGGAUCCUCUAUUUGGCCAAGCCCAAGGAGCGGAAAGAUUGCAACGAGGGCCAUGACCCCUACUGUAUCUCAGUGGCUGCCUUGAGGGCGGAGCCAUCUCCCCGAGUCUAUGAGCUUGCCAUCCCUAAAAGGGUAGCCACAAAAAUCUAAGGGCCUCACGUUCCUCAUCGUCACCCUUCUCAUACCCCCAAAGGGUGGCAACCCAACCUUCCCUUCUAACUAAACAACUCCAGCAUGUCUUCUGUGCAAUCUACUUUGAAUGAGGAGUAAAUGAGGGGAAGGGGUAUAAUAGGAAUAAUACCAUUAAUUAUAAGCAUUAUAAUAGU